AUGGCCGACACCAGUAACAUCCAGUCGGCGGCUUCUAAGAGCAUCCGUCCCUUCCGGUCCAGCGAGGACUAUCUGUACGCCAUGAAGGAGGACCUGGCCGAGUGGCUGAACACCCUCUACGACCUGGAUGUCCAGGUGGAGAACUUCAUGGGCGCCCUGGAGACGGGCUACGACCUCUGCCAGCACGCCAACAACGUCAACCGCAUUGCCUCGGAGUUCCAACAGUCGAACCCGGGAGCCGCUUCCCACAUGAGGAUCCCUCGGAAGGAGGUGGUCUUCCAAGCGAAGAACGUGGUCCCCGGCUCGUUCAUCGCGAGGGACAACAUCUCCAACUUCAUCCAGUGGUGCCGUCAGGAGCUGGGCAUCCAGGACGUGGUGAUGUUUGAAACGAACGACUUGGUGUUGAAGAAGAACGAGAAGAAUUUCGUCCUCUGUCUGCUGGAGGUGGCCAGGAAGGGCUCCAAGUUUGGGAUGCUGGCGCCCAUGCUCAUCCAGAUGGAGGAGGAGAUCGAGGAGGAGAUGAGGGACCACCAGGUGGCCUGCGGGGAGCUGAAGAAAGAGCAGGCGGUCCAAGAUUUGGGGCCCAAGUCUCCCGUGUACCUGAACAAAAUGCAAAGGAUAGCCUUGUGCGACCUCAAGAACCUGGAUGAGCUGGUAAGAGAGAUCCUGGGCCACUGUACCUGCCCGUCCCAGUUCCCCAUGGUCAAAGUCUCGGAGGGCAAAUACCAAGUCGGAGACUCCAACGCGCUCAUCUUCGUCCGGGUUCUCCGCAGCCACGUGAUGGUGCGAGUAGGUGGGGGCUGGGACACCUUGGAGCACUACCUGGAUAAACAUGAUCCGUGCCGGUGUACCUCUGUCUCUCACCGUCUGACCCAGAGUCGGGGUCUUGGCUUCUCCCCCCAGAAGACAAGCGGUCUGGCCAGUCCCCAGGCAAACAGCCCCACCACUCAGCGUCGGGCCGAAGCUGUGGGUCUGCAUAGAGUCACUGAGACCCACCACUUGGGGGAGAAGCGGCUCUUGGCUGGGGGGGACCUGGCUCAACCCAAAGGAAACCGCCCCGGCCCUCCCACCAAGAGAUCUGGGACGGCUACCCCGCCGAGGCAGGGAAUGCUGGCCCCACCAAGUGGGAAAUGCAGUGGGUCAGGUCUUAGGGGCGCCAGCCCUCUCAGGGGGAGCAUGUCCCAAGCCCCCCAGGACCCGGGAGAUUCCCACCUCUCAGUCAGGAACCCCAGGGCUCGGCGUCUUUCCGGAGACAGCGAUUCCUCUUCCUCCUCCUCUAGGCACAGUGCCAGCUUGGGAAGGAAGCGGAACGAGGACGCCAGCCUGGCACUCAGGAAGGAGGCUGGGAGGCACAUCUCUGAGGGGCCAGCCUCCCAGCUCCCUGCCAGUCCCAAACGUCUGCCAGCCAGCCGGAGUCAGUCGCGAGACCGUCUCAGCUUGCCGAAAAGUGUGGCGGUGGCUAGGAGGAUUGAGUCAGAAGAGCGGGGCCGUCCUCGCGUGACAAGCCGGCCCAGCAAGCCUGGACUGCAGAGCCCUCGUCCCCGGGCCCGCAGCCAGGGAAGGCCUGGAGGAGAGCCCGUGCUGCUUAUCAGCCGAGCAAAGGAUGGACAGCAUUCCUGGACCCGGGCCGACGAGCCCAAGGAGAAUGCCGGGGGCUCUGGAAGAACCACCCCCAGGACCAAGAGCCCAGCAAGGGGUCACCUGACCCCGGUGGGUUCCCGAAGCCCUGCCCCCACCAAGCGCCGGGGUUCCCUGCCCGCCACAAAAAUGGCCAAUCCCUCCGCCCGAAUCCCUCCACCGGCCACAGGACGUCAGCGACAGCCCUGCUUAUCCGGACAACGUGGGAUCGUGAGACAGCCCCAGUUGGGGGAGCGUGGGCCCUCCAAGCAGCCUGAUGACACUUUAGGAGAGGAGCUGGAGGUGAUGGCGCAGGCUUUCCGCACCCCGCUGCACCUCGAUCCGAGCCAGGAGCAGCAGCUCUACCGGCGUCUGGAGGAAGAAUUCCUGGCCAAUGCUCAGGUGAUAGGUUUGGAACUAAACGAAGAGCUGGAUCUGGGGAGCCAGGCCUGUAACGGCGCCCGACUCUUGCCCACUAAUCCGGACCAAGGCACUGCCGACUCCGCCUACUGUUCCUCCAGCUCGUCCUCUUCCUCCCUCAACGUCUUCAGCAAAUACGGCGUCCAACCCGAGGAAUCCAAGCGGAAGACAGCCCACCAGAUGAUGGGAGGUUCCGAGCUGGUGGAUUUCCACAAUGGCUCGGCGGAUGCUUCCGAGCUCUGGGACUCAUCCGGAUCCCGUGAGCGAAGGAGCCGCUGGAGGAAACCCAUCCUUUCGAGCUCGUCCGAUGAAAGCAACUGCUACCUGGGACUGAACGACGUCCAGGAAGUCCAGGAGAGUCUGGAGUUGGCCGAGCCUCUGGCGGAUAGCCCCUGGGCUGCUGGGGAGCCGGCCCCUUCCCACACAGAGCUGGGACCCUCCCUCCAGGAUGGCCCGGAGACCCUUGGCACAUCCCCCUCGGCUCUCGUCCUGGAAGAAGUCGCGCUCUGUCCCCAGUCGUCCCUGAGGAAGCCCGACCGCGUGCCUUCCGUCUACAAGCUGAAGCUGCGCUCGCAAAUUAAGCCUCGUGCCGACUCCCAACCGGACAAGACCCCGUCGAAAAUCCCUACUCCCCUCAGCUACAAGGCUUCUGGAGCCCAGAAGCCUCCGAUGGGAAGCGCCUCUUCCAAGGACAGCCCAGCUAGUGGUCCCUCCGAGCGCCGGGGCUGGACAGCCUUCCACAACAUCUUCUCUUCGUCCUUCGGGGAGUGUCCCGGGAGUUCGGUGGAGUCCAGCAUGUCUAAUGAGGGAGCUUGGGCCUAGGCACUGGUGGACAGUACAUCCCCCCUCUCCUCCCCCCUUGCACCCGCUUCUGUGGUCCUGGCCUUCUCUUUCCAGCUGCUUUCUUGGACCUCUUCUUCCCAGUGUGACUUUGUCAUAUGCUGCUGUGCAGAGGGGGUUUUUAUUUUGGGUGAUGGGAGGAGAA